UGUGUACCAACAAAACAACGUGAUGUGACGAAAUCGCAUGUGCUCUGAAGUAAAGCGCGGGCUGUAGCAUUUUGGGAUUUCGAAGAUUCAGUAAGGAAGAAAAAAUCCAUCAUGAAGGCAUCAAGAAAAGCAAAAAAGGAUACAGAUACACAGCAGAAAGAAAAAACGGAAGACACUGGAGAACCAACAGAUGUCAAAAAAGGCCGGCAGAAACGCAAGAACACGGACAAUAACGCUCUUAAAAAAGUCAAAGUUGCUUUGAGAGAAGGAAACUUGUCCGACACUAAGUUAGGUGAAGCAUUUUAUAAUGUACCUUGCGAAGACUUGGCCAAGAAUUUGCUGGGAAAAGUUCUUGUUCGAUGUUUGCCGAAUGGCCAAAAGUUGAAAGGAAGAAUAGUGGAGACUGAAUGCUACCCUGGGGGAGAGGACAAAGCUUCAAUGACGUACAAUGGUAGAGUUACCCCUAAGACAAAAGCACUUUAUUCAAAGCCAGGUUCAACAUUUGUUUAUACCACGUAUGGAAUGUACCAUUGCAUCAAUAUUUGUAGCCAAGGUGAAGGAUCUGCAGUUUUGCUCAGAGCUGCUGAUCCCAUUGAAGGGCUGGAGUACAUGAACAUGCAGCGAUUACAGAAGAGAAAAUCCACAAAAUUUCAAACUUUCAAGGAAAAUGAUCUCUGUAAUGGCCCAUCUAAAAUGUGUAUUAGUUUCAGCAUUGAUAAGACAUGUACUGAGCAAGAUUUGACAUCCUGGGAUGGACUUUGGAUUGAAACCGAUGAGAAAAGUGAAGAAUUUAAUCCAGAGAACAUUGUAGUCAGUACGAGAAUUGGAAUAGAGUCAGCUGGCCGUGAGUGGGGCCUGAAACCAUGGCGGUUUUACGUCUAUGAUGGUAAAUCUGUUAGUAAGAGAGAUGUGAAGCAAGAGGAAGAAAGAGCAAAAACUUAAGUAUUCCUUCGAAAGUACCAUUGACACCCUAAUUUCCAUACAUUCAUGUUCAUUCAAUCAUAAUAGCAAUACUCUUUGAAGAAUAAAUCUCAGGGCUGUUGCGCACCUGGAUAAGUAAGAGAAUAUUACAGACUUAGUAAAAGGCAGAGAAUUUUACUAAAAC